AUAAAAAUUGUUUCCACGACAAUUAACAAAAGUAUUCUGUUUAAAAUUACAAAAAGGAUGCCGUUUAGUAAGCUAAUGGCUGCUUACAGCCGUCAAACUGGUCAUGAAUUAAAUACUCUAAGAUUUGUGUAUGAUGGUACAUCUAUUUCCAAAAGGCAUACUUCAGAAAGUCUUGGAAUUGAAAAUGGAGAAACCAUUUUUUGUUUUAAAUUGAGACAUAAGAAUACCCAAGAGAAAAUUAUAAUAAACAUUUUUUCAAGGAUGAUUAACAAAAGUAUUCAAUUUAAAAUAGCAAAAAGGACGUCGUUUAAUAAGCUAAUGGCUACUUACAGCCGUCGAACUGGUCAUGAAUUAAAUACUCUAAGAUUUGUGUAUGAUGGUACAUCUAUUUCCAAAAGGCAUACUUCAGAAAGUCUUGGAAUUGAAAAUGGAGAAACCAUUUUUUGUUUUAAAUUGAGACAUAAGGUAAUCAAGAAAUAA